UCAACUGACUAACGUUUAUAUCAACAUACAGCGACGAUAAUCAGUGUUACUUUAACUGAUAAGAGCAUUACAACAAAAACAAAACAUUUAAAUAUAUGGUACAAGUAUUACAACGCAACACAGCUAAUUAGUUAAAUUGGUAUAUGCAGUAAACAUACAACACACUGAAAUCGCUUGUGAAGUUUAACUAUAAAUAUACAUUACCCACCGCGUAAAUACGAUUAAUCCAAGUUAUUUUUAUCUUAAUUUCAAUACAAUGGCAAUACGAGUAUACUGAUUCAAAUUCUCAUAACCUUUAUAAUUUAUGAAAAAGCACGUCUCGUCGUUAUCACUGUCGCGGUUUAAAGUACCAAGUGCUUGAUUAGACGACUUUUAAUCGGAUAUUGGAUAACACGUAGACUAGUAUUAAGUAGUAAGCUAAAUAUUAUGUUACAUUACUAAAAUUUGUGGAAGAUUCAAAAGGCUGUAAAAAUGUUGUGCAGUUUGUGCGGUGUAUUAUUUUAUUUUGUGGUAUUUGUUGGCGCUGUUCUCGUCUUCUUCCGGUUUUGGAUCAAGACGUUGGCAAACCCUUGCAAAAGUUACACAUGUAUGGUUGGUAAGACUGUCAUCGUAACUGGCGCUAAUACAGGUAUUGGAUAUUAUUCUGCAUUAGAUUUUGCUAAGCGAGGCGCAAAUGUUAUCCUGGCAUGUAGAAACGAAAGGAAAGCUAAUGAAGCAAAAGACUCAAUUAUCAAAAAGUCCGGCAACCCAAACAUUUCCAUAAAAUUAGUCGACUUCCGGUCACUGAAAUCUAUUCGUGAGUUCUGUGCUGAUGUUAACAAAACAGUGGAGAAAAUUGACGUUUUGUUAAAUAAUGCGGGUGCGGCUGGUCUUAAACCUGGACUGACAGAAGAUGGCCUAGAUGGUGUCUGGCAAACAAACUAUUUCUCGCCGUAUUUGUUAACUGUGUUAUUAGUCGAAAAAUUGAAGAAAUCAGGGCCAUGUCGUGUUGUAAACGUGGCGUCCAUCAUGGGAAAAUUAUCAAACGUAAGUUUAGAAACAGUAAAUACAUGCAACGAAUCGAUGGUAUAUUCUUGGACAAAGCAGUGUAAUAUUCUUUUCACACGUGAGUUGGCAAAGCGUCUAAAGGAUACUAAAGUGCACGUGUAUGCUUUACAUCCGGGGGCCAUUUACACUGAUAUUUGGCGCCAUCUACCUAAAUGGUUUCUGUUAGUUUGGAUUCCUAUGAUGAAAUUUAUUUAUAAGACGGCGGAAGAAGGUGCCCAAACCAGUAUUUACUGCUCAGUGGCAAAAGAAUGCGAAAAUGACUCCGGAAAACUUUAUGCUGAGUGCAAGGAAAUUGAAAUGUACGACAGCUGUAAAGAUAUGACGUUCGCCGAGGCUCUCUGGGAGAAAUCGGCUGAUUUAGUCAAAUUACAAGAGCACGAGCGCAUCUAAGUACAUAGGAUGCUUUGUACUCGUAAUAUCAUUGAAAUGUUAUUGCUUGUUACAUAAAACCUGUAAAAAAUUAAGAAAUAUAAUAAUUUAAUUAAUUAAA